CAAACCGCCAUGGUAGCAAAGGCCUGUAUCUCUAUCUAUCCCUCCUGUCAGUCUCUGGUCAACUAUUCACAGCUUCAACCAAAAGUCCCACUUCCCCAGAAAUCCAAAAACAAUUCUUAAGCUCCUAUAAAACCAUUUAGUUCCUCAUCUCCGUCACACAAAGUUCUCAACUUUCCGGCCAAAAAAAGAUUCAAACUUUGUCUACCUUCUCAAUGCCCAUUUCAGUUCUGAAGCUUCUCCAAUACUGAAGGAGCAAAGCCCGCAAUGGAAGAGAAGAAGCCGCCGCAAAACGACGUCGUCGUUCAGAUUUCCGGCGCCGAAGACUCGACCUUUAUGUUCUCGCCGCAGCCUUCCCGAACUGGGUCACCUCAGAAAAGCUUCCAAGGCUCCAGCUUUGAGCUAACCGAGCUCAGAGUCCCCGCCGGCUCCUCCUCGCCGGAAAUUACCGCCGCCGCCGCCGGCAUGCAGCCCAGAAUUCCCGGCGAGCUUCGCCGGGUCUCGCUCGCCAGGUCGGCGUUCUCCAAACCCAAGUCGAGGUUCGUUGAGCCGACUUAUACUAAUGAAGUCAAGGUUACUGAAGAAACUCCUCGGAGAAAAUCAAAUGCAAAGUCACCAAAUGUUGGUUCACCAAGCACCAGAACCGCGGCAACGACCCCCAGAGACGGUUUAAGAUCGACUCCUAUAACGCCGAGGACGCCGCUGAUGGGAGGAGAGGAGGAGGAGGAUGAUGAGGAGGUGUACAAGACAGCCAAUCUUAAGGUGCACCAGAAGACUGGUAAGAAGAAGCUGAAAAAGUUGGUGUUACUUGAGUGGAUUGUAUUUGUGAGCAUUGUUGGGUUUUUAAUUGCUUGCUUAACUGUUGAUAAGUUAGAGAGUAAGAAUAUUUGGUCAUUGGAACUGUGGAAAUGGUGUGUGCUGGCAUUGGUUGUGUUGUGUGGUAGGUUGGUUACAGAAUGGCUGGUUAAUAUUUUGGUGUUUGUGAUCGAAACCAAUUACUUGCUUAAGAAGAAGGUUUUGUAUUUUGUUUAUGGGUUGAAGAGGAGUGUGCAGGUGUUUAUUUGGUUGGGUUUGGUUCUACUUGCGUGGGGUUUGUUGUUUGAUCAUGGAGUGAAGAGGUCGAAGAACACGAAUAAGAUUCUAGGGUAUGUGACAAGGGGUUUGGCUUCUUGUGAGAUUGGAGCAGCCAUAUGGCUGUUGAAGAACUUGUUGGUGAAGCUAUUAGCCACUUCUUUUCAUACCACUAGGUUUUUUGAUCGGAUUAAGGAAUCGAUCUUUCAUCAGUAUGUUCUCCGCAGCCUUUCAGGACCUCCAUUGGUGGAGACGGCUGAAAGAAAAUUUGGGAAGGCAAAAAGUAGCGGCCAGUUGAGUUUUAAAAAUUUACCAAAAGCUAAAAAUGAGGGGAAGGAAGGGCCCAAAGAAGAAGUGAUUGACGUAGAAAAACUUUCGAAAAUGAAGCAGGAUAACAUUUCUGCUUGGACGAUGAAAGGAUUAGUUAAUGUAAUCAGUGGUUCUGGAUUGUCUACCAUCUCCCACACACUAGAUGACAUUAACGAUGAGGAGGGUGAGCAGAAGCAGAAGGAUGUAGAGAUUACUAGUGAGUUUGAAGCACAGGCAGCAGCUUAUGACAUUUUCCUGAAUGUAGCCAAGCGUAAUAGCAAGUACAUUGAGGAAGAUGAUCUCUGUCGCUUCUUGAAAAAGGAAGAAGUUGAGCUAGUAUUUCCUCUGUUUGAAGGUGGAGCAGAAAAUCGAAAGAUAAGAAAAAAGCAAUUGAAGAAUUGGCUGGUGAAUGUUUACAACGAACGCAAAGCAUUGGCACAUUCCUUAACUGAUACUAAAACGGCCAUAGAGGAGCUGAAUAGGCUUGGCUCAGCUGUUGUUCUUAUUGUGAUCCUCGUCGUUUGGUUACUUCUGAUGGGGUUUUUGACAACCAACAUACUGGUCUUUAUAUCAUCACAGCUAUUACUGGUGGUGUUUGUUUUUGGUAACACUGCUAAAACUGUGUUUGAAGCCAUCAUUUUUGUCUUUGUGAUGCACCCAUUUGAUGUAGGGGACCGUUGUGUUGUUGAUGGAGUACAGUUGAUUGUUGAGGAGAUGAACAUAUUGACAACGAUCUUCUUGAAACCUGACAAUGAGAAGAUAUACUAUCCAAAUUCAGUACUGUCUACAAAACCCAUCAGCAACUUUUAUAGGAGCCCGGAGAUGGGUGAUGCUGUUGAGUUUGCUAUUGAUGUUUCUACAACAAUGGACACUAUUGCAAAAAUGAAAGACAGAUUUAAAACGUACAUUGAGAGCAAGCCUCAGCACUGGCGUCCUGCGCAUAGCGUGGCGGUGAAGGAAAUUGAAGAUGUGAACAAGAUGACAAUGGCUCUUUAUCUUUCUCAUACAAUAAAUUUCCAGAACUAUGGAGACAAGACCACCCGCCGAACAGAUCUAAUCUUAGAGCUGAAGAAAAUAUUUGAAGACCUCAAUAUAAAAUAUCACCUCCUGCCUCAGGAGAUUGUUCUCACCAGAGUUGGGUCAGCAACUACAGAGCUUCCACCCUCAUGGCGCUGAAAUUUUUGUCAGAAUUUGAUGAAGAAUGUCCGGCCUCCUACCGGAUCGAGAAAGGGUCUCAAUGUUGUAAUAUUGCGAGAUUUUUAAGAUCUGCAUGAUGUUGUAUUUUUAGAAAUUGUUCGUACCAGUUUUGAGUGAAUGUAUGUUACAUUGUAAUAUUGAUUCUUUAAUGCAAAGACA